ACCAUUCGAUCUGAGCUCUCACUGCACGCAAAAGCUACCCAGCGUGAAACAAGAGCAGGCACGUGGAAACUAACCGAGGUGACUGGAUUUAUCCAAGACUGACUCAGGAGGCAACGAUCUGCUCGGAGGCGAGCCCACACUGAGAGGAGUUUUCCCACCAACCUGUGUACAGCCAGACAAGUUGAGGUGGAAGAGAUUGGAGCAGCCCUUUCCUGUCCGCAGCUUCAGGACCUUUCAUUACAAGUUCCAGCUUUGACCCAAAACUCCUCCUCCUCCUGGAAAGAUCGCUGCAGGGCUCAGGAUGCGUGUGACCGCCUCUCUCCUCUUCGCCUCCCUGCUCCUGCUCCUCCUCCCAUCCAUUGAGAUGAGAAGGCCAGGAAAAGGCAGAGGCCUCAAAGGAGCGAGACAUAAACUUGCACGUGACAGAGUGAGAGGCGUUGGGCGUCACGGCAGAUCGCCACCCAGCUGUUCAGAGUCAGUCGAAGCUGGAGACGUCUUUGUGGAUUGUCAGGGUCGUCGCCUCAACGCCAUUCCGGACUCGAAAACAUGGUCACAAGAGCCCAAGCACCUCCUCUUCGCCCGCAAUCGGAUCAAAGUCCUCCGCAAUGGGGCCUUCCUGGGAUAUGAGGGUUUAACCAGUCUGGACCUGCAGCAGAACCAGAUCUCUCUGGUGGAGGAAGGGGCUUUUGAGGGCCUGACACAGCUUACAACUCUCCUGCUGCAGCACAACCAGCUGGGAACACUUAGCGAGGAGGCUCUGAUUCCCAUUCCAAACCUCCGGUACCUGCGUUUAUAUGACAAUCCCUGGAUCUGUCUCUGUGGAAUGGAGAGUCUCAUUCGCACUCUUCAGGUUCCAAGCAACCGUCACAUUGGUAAUUAUGCUAAGUGUGCAGAGCCUACCAGGCUAAAAAACAUCAGACUGAAGCAGAUUAAUCCUGAGUUACUCUGUCAGGAGCCAGACCCGACCAGCAACCAAACGGACCCGGCAAAACCUCUGGAGCCCAGUUCAAUCCGAGGCAAAUCGGACGCCACCGUAGUGUGCCACACCUAUCUUUUCCCUGAAGUUCGGAUGGACUGCAGUAACCGAGGUCUGACUGAGGUGCCUGCAGGUAUUCCAGAGGAUGUCGUGCAUGUCGACCUGUCUCAUAAUGAAAUCAGACACCUCAAAGCCAAAAGUUUUAACGGCGCAAGAAGUCUCAGGAUGCUUAAUCUCAGUCAUAACCGCAUGGAGCAUCUUGACACAGGUUCCAUGUCUGGGCUCUUGCAUCUUCGUGAGCUGGACUUGUCAGACAACGGUCUGCAUUUCAUUCAACACGGGGUUCUUGAAGACCUCUACUUCUUAUCAAAGCUCAGACUAGGAGGAAACCCGUGGAUGUGUGACUACAGCAUCCAUUAUAUGGUGUACUGGCUCCGUCUGCAUCCUGCGGUCAGGCACUCGGGCCUGCAGUGUCACGCUCCCCUUCAGCAUGUGGGAGAAAGUGUGGAGGAGUAUGUACAUUCCUACAACAGGGGUUGUCCAAAGGACCGACUGCACAACCGAGUGAAUGAGGACCAGACGAACACAGCGCAGGAACUCCAGGCAGAGCUGGAGGAGGAGCUGGAGCCAAGCCACUUGAGGAAGCCCAAAAAAUAUGAGAUCAUCAGGCUUUCCUGAUUUAAAUGAACAUGUACAUAUAAUCUGUGAUUUGUUUUUGAAACAGUUACUACUUUACUCUUAAUUCACAGCCUUUCAAUAUUGUAGAACAGUCUGCAUCAGAUGGACAAACUAUUUUUGUUUUUUUUUGUUUUUUUUUUUUGUUUUUCUCUCAUCAAACUCUGUGUUUACAAUUACUCUUAAUUAACAUUAACAUUUAGCAUUGGUCACUGAACACAUAAGAGAAACAUGGGUGUUUUGCAUUAAAGAGCUUUAAGAGGAGCAAACAAAUACAAUAGAAUCAGCAAGACUCACUGAUGCAUUUUAGGCUGCGCCACUUCAGAGAUGUGCAGCCUCGUAGGUUGAGGUGGGUGACAAAAAUGCGGUAAUUCUGCAGAAUCUUCUUCAUUGUACUGUCUGUUAUCCAGUCUUUCCCCACAGAAACGUUGAUCUAAAAAGUGAAGAAAUUGGGGCACAUUUUAUUUUCUGUGGUGUUAAAGUGGAGCUUUCAGUAUUUUAAAGAAAUGAACACAAGCAGCAGUUUAUCGGGACUCACUUGACUCCACAGUGUGUUCGACUGGAUGAUAGAUUUCCAUGAGCAACAAACCUCUGCACAGUUCAGCAAGUCUUGUAGGUCUAAAUACUGGAAGAUCUGUGGAAAAACAAAUUGAAUAAAAGGGUGAAGGGGAAAAAAAAUCGAUGAAUUCAUUUUUACAUUUCAAAAGUUUAUCUGGAAACAGAUAAUCUAUUUUCACAUUUUCGUUCAUAUUGUAUUCAAACAAUUCUGGAACCUGUAAUAUCAGGAAAAAAGGAAUUUGGUGUUGAAACAUUUGUUGAAAAUGAAAAUACCAAAGAGGAAAAAAAUUAAGUAAUUUCAAUCCUGAAAGUUUGAUAUAUUUUCUCAAUAAAUUUCUAGCUGUAUAAGAUGAGUCACUGAUGUUAUUUUAGUCACUAAGACAUGCACGGGGUCAGUUCCAACUUUCACACUUUGUGAGGAACCAUAAUGUAAACAGCCUGCUCCUGUUUUUCUCCAAACAUACUGAGGCACCAUUUAUAAGGAGAGGCGCUCGACUAGAUCAUUGGUGCAAAUAAUGCCAAAACUGCACUUACUUACUUUUUGGGCAAAAUGUGAAUCCAAAACAAAUCUACAACUCAGCGAAUAUAGCAUUGUUGCAAGUAGUCUUAGUUAUGUAAAUAAAAUUGAUAUAUAGUGUAUAUGUAUGUAUGCUAAAGCUGAAUGAGUUGCAAUCAACUGUUAUCAGCCACCCUAAAACAAACUGAACAUACUGUAUGUCCACAGUAGAGUCAAAUUUUCGUGUUAUGUAACAGAUAUGAUCUCAUCGCUGGGUGCUUGCAGAGGACAGCUGCAGUUUCCGAAGCCAAACUCUUUCUCUGGGUUAGCUCAUCACGCUCUUUUUAUUUGCUGAAAAGUUUAAUGUGACUGAUCUGUCCUAUGAGAGGGCCUACCUUCAGAGAGAGGCUGUUUGGAAACAAUGAAAAUCCAUCGCAUUCUUCUCCAUCCCAUGGGUUGUUGCUGCUUUCAUUCAAAUUCAUUUCCAAACCACUGCAGGACUCAUCUAAACACACAAGCGGAAGCAGAGGGUUGAUUUCUUUUGUGUUCUCACGGUUGUUUGUCUUGUAGGAAAAGGAAAAGUGCUUUUGUGAUUUUGCAGAUGUUCAAAGUAACGAAACUGCAUUCACACUGCACUGGAAGUGAAGGCACAAACCCAAAAGUACCCCAAAAACUUCAUGGAUCUGAGGAACCACUGUUGUGAUGAUGUUCAUCUGCUUGGAAAUGACAGUUCCAUUUAUGAAUAUUUCUAAUAAAACUACAA